AUGGCUUUUAAAGCCAUAGUUGCGCUUGCGUGCGCGCUGGCGAUCAUGGGCACAAAUAAAGUUGAUGCUGUCAAUGCUUUGCCGGAGCCUGAAGCAUUAAUCCAACCAUCCCCAUCGGAUCUUCCGACGGUGACCGUGAGGGGUUUCCUCAAUUUCCGUACGACAGUGGAUGGCACUGUUAUUGUAUUCACUCCUUCAUCAGAAACCCCGCAGCAGCCCGCAAACGAAGCCCUUGCUCCGACCAAGGCUGCCAAGGUGGAAUUCGGUCCGGAGUCGACCGUUCUCAAAUCCGGGACUCCGAAAGAUUCGUCGCUGGACAAAUCGCAAGAUUUCCAGGACCUGUCCCAAGCCAACAAGGUUUUCGGAUUCGAAAUCGAGCCGGAUGAUGUCGAGGAGAGCAUUCCGCCAAGAAUUAACCCAUCGUCGACGAAGUCUUGGUCCCCGUCCAGCUCAUCUCGUUCGGCGAUUUUCCCGGUAAAAGCAUCGAGUUCCUCGUCGAUCGCUAAGGCAGCCACUGCGAAAGGCAACUCAGCAAAGUGGAGCCCGAAGUCCUCGCCGAAAUCAGCUUCCAAAGCUUCAGCAUCCGCGUCCACCAAGUCAUUCGGCAAAAUCGUCACGCAGACAAAUGCACCAGUGACUAGAAUCGUAGAAAACACCGCCAACAGCGCUGCUUAUCCCACCGGCCUGGUGACCGUGCUCGGAGGCACUAUGGUAUCCCAUGGAGCCACGACAAUCCAUGAAACGAAAGUUAUCGGUACCUAUAUCCAGGGCAAGUACGCCCAAAUCCUCGAGUCCACGUCGAAAAUAAUCCAGCCAACGCCGAAAGCGCGCAACGUGGCGCCAUCGCCUACCUACAUCGCCCCUGGACAGACAGCGUCAACUUCGCCGAAUCUUCAGGUCAUUGAGAGGCGGCUAGACGAUGACAGCAUGGAGAAAUUCCUCCAGUCUUCUUUCAAGAGCGCAACAGAUUUCAGACCACAGGCAAAACAGACUGCCAGACUCGAGCCCAAGUUUACCGAAACAGUCGAAGAUGAUAACAAGAUUCAGAAUAGCAAACGACAGGGCGCUAGGAGUCAGUCCUCGACGGCCCGACUUCGGUACACCCCUCUCCAGAAGAGCCAUUCGGUUCGCCUGAAUCGCUUCAAGGUUCGACUUACUUCUCGUUACGAAGACCAAACUGCUCUGCCCUCAGAGGUCGAGCAGCUGAAUGCUUUCGACUCGCACGUCAAAGCUUUGGACCUUGAUGAUCCCUUGCUGAACAUCGACCCGGCUCGGAUAACAUGGAUCCCCACGACAAUAACCUCUCUCGUCACUCUUCGAGCCGGUCAUCGCAAGUCCGUAAUUCGAACCCUCACCAUCAAGACCUCGAUUCCCACGACGAUCGAAGCCAGUGAAGUGCUUUCAAACGGAAUCAGUGAUAAUGGAAUCGAGCCCACGCCAUCACUUGUGCAGUCCCGCACCUACUCGACUGAACAACACACCUGGAGAACAUCAUUGGUUCCCGCGUCCCAUGACGGACAGACAUCGAUGCAAACCAUCACGGAAUCGUUCGUCAUCAGGAAGUUUGUCACGGCCUACAGAACGAUGCCGACCGGGGAGACGAGCGAAGAAGCAGCUAAUGAAACUCUGAGCACUCUCGACGACAGCGAGGACGCCGACGCUUACAUCAAGAACCUGUUAGCCGGAGGAAUCAAUGCCACCGCCACUACAAAGAACGAAGUAGCUCAAGCUUCCAUGAACAUUCUGAAUGAGCUCCAAAACGCUCUUCAAAAGAACCCAUUGGCGGCUCUCCUGCUCGGCCUCACCUCUCAACUUCAGCCGUCUCUACAAACCGUUACCAAAUCGAGCACCUACUUGACGACGGACACGUUGUACAAUACCAAGGUUGUGAGCUUCUACGACGGUCGACGCACUCGUUCGAAAACACUCAGGGACUCAAUUGGCACAACCGAACGCACGCUCACCUCGUACUCGACCGAAGUUAUUACGGUUUCCCCAACACAACAAUUCCCCUUUCCGUUCCUGCUGCAACCAACUCCUACUCCUAGUUAUUCGACGGUCACCUCUCUUCUGACGACGGUGACAACAGGCACGAGUUAUUCGUCGAAGAUAUUUACGCUAAUCUACAACGCGUUUUCCACCCGAUACCGAACCGUCACGUCGAGUUCCACCUACCCCACAACCUUGGUGGUGACGUCAUCGUCAUCGUUCCUCGUGCAGCCUACCAUGUACCCUGGAUAUCCUCCCCAGCAUGGAUACCCUCCCCAGCCUGGAUAUCCUCCCCAGUAUCCAGCACAACAGCCAGCGCCCGCACCCCCAGCUCCUGUCACCCAAACGGUUCCGGCGGCUCCGGUGGUGCAGGUAGCGCCUUCGCCGCCACCAGCCCCCGCUCCAGCGGCACCGGAAGUGAAACCGUCUUCCGUUGUUCCCGUCUCAACGAAUUCCGAAGCGCCCGAGUCGAGACCCGAAGGCGCUGCGUCGGACGAAAGUGAGGUCGAAUCGGAUAGUCCUGCAGCUCCCAGUCCCGUCGAUGUCGGUUUCGAAGUUGAGGAGCCAAGCGAGUAG